GCCACGAACAGUCCUCCUAUUCCUCCUCCUCUUCAAACCCUCCACUGCACAUUCUUUCAAGCCCACACCUCUCCCAUGGCGGCGCCGGCAUGUUCUCUUCACUGCCAGUUGCGAUCCUCCUUGCAUGACGUCCCGACCAGCUUACCGCCCGCGUCCGUUUCAGUUCCUAAACUAAAGUCCGCCGAGAGCCCAAAGAUCGUUCUACAGCCUCGCUUAUGCACUCUCAGAUCCUUCGGAUCGGAUCCGAUUGUUCCUAUCAAAGCUAAGAGAGUAGGCGACGACGACGCCGACGUUUCUCCGUUCUUCGCGACUCUGUCCAAGUACAUAAAGACCUCGAAGGACAGCCAUGAAUUCGAAAUCAUCUCCGGUCGCCUCGCCAUGAUUGUGUUUGCGGCGACCGUAACAAUGGAGGUGUCGACGGGAAAUUCAGUGUUCAGAAAGAUGGAUUUGGAAGGUAUUGAGGAAGCAGCAGGAAUCUGUUUGGGCGCUGUCAUUAUGGCGGCCAUUUUCGCUUUCUCCUCCAACGCCCGAAACAGAGUAGGUCGAAUCUUCAGCAUCGGCUGCAACACCUUCAUCGAUUCGCUUAUUGACCAGAUCGUGGACGGCCUUUUCUACGAAAUCAAUCCCGGCGACUGGUCCGAUGACAUUUGAAAUCUCCGCCCAAAUCAGAGGUAUGAAGCAUGUAUAUAUAAAUUCAAUGUAUAACUUGUUUAAACAAUUUGUAUGAUUGAAGCGUGACUUGAUUACAUAAAAAUUGAUAAAUAUAACACACAUAAUAUACUAUAUUAUACUUUA